AUGAUGAACACAGAGGAAGGCAAAUUGGUGGUCAUGGGCCGAGCAGAGAUUGACACCAGAGCACCUUUCAAAUCAGUCAAAGAAGCAGUCUUGUUGUUUGGGGAAAGAGUUUUGGUUGGAGAAAUAUAUGCCAACAAGCUCAAAGAGAUUGGAGCUGCAGGGCAUGCUGCUUCUGCUCAAUCAACAAUUGGGGUCUUGGAAGCUGAGCUUGAAGAAACAAAGCGAAAUCUUCAGAAAGUCAGAGAAGAAAACAAGAUAAUGGCAUACUGCAUAAAGUCACUAAGAGAUGAUCUUGACCGUGCAAAGAAAGAGCUGCACAAGUACUUGAAGGCAAGAGAGUUUGAUCAGAAGGACCCAGUUGAUCCUGAGAUUGAAGAAGAAGACCUUAAAUUCAUUGAGGAUGGCGCCGCGAAGUUUGAAACCAAGACCAUGUUGAGCCAAGACGCAGAGGAAUUGGUGCAGAAGAAAAGAUAUGUGAAAUUUGCAAGUCCUCCUACACUGGCCCAAGUCAUUGUUAGCAAAGAAGACUUGGGGGAGAGAGUUGGAAACCCUUCUGUCAAGAAAAACAAGAAGAAGCCAUUGGUGCCUCUGGUUGGGUGGUUUUUUGCCAAAAACAAGGCAAUUCAAGAAGGGGGUGGGGGGUCUCCAAGAGCCUGA